AUGGAUAUAAGUAACGAAGCCAAGGUUGAUCGGUUUUCGAUCGGACCAUCGACCGUUUUUGGCCGAACUAUUGCUUUCAGAGUUCUAUUCUGCAAAUCAAUGACACAUUUUAGGCAUCAGAUCUUUCAUUCUUUGCUGUAUUACUUCCAUAUCAUUAGAACGAAUGUAUCGGAUAUUGCUACGCCCAUUAUCUCAUGGUUUCAUCCACGAAACCCGCAAGGGAUACUAGUUUUAGUGACCCUAAUCGCAUUCUUGCUGAAACGGUACACGAAUGUGAAAAUGAGGGCUGAAAUGGCUUAUCGGAGGAAAUUCUGGCGAAAUAUGAUGCGGGCAGCGUUAACUUAUGAAGAAUGGGCUCAUGCUGCUAAGAUGUUGGAUAAAGAAACCCCUAAAUUGAAUGAACGUGAUCUUUAUGAUGAAGAACUUGUUAGGAAUAAACUUCAAGAACUCAGGCACAGGCGUCAAGAAUGUUCGCUUAGAGAUAUUAUAUUUUGUAUGAGGGCUGAUCUCAUUAGAAACCUCGGUAAUAUGUGCAAUCCCGAGCUUCAUAAGGGUCGACAUCAGGUUCCAAAGCUCAUAAAAGAAUACAUUGACGAGGUGUCGAUGCAAUUGAGGAUGGUUUGCGAUUUUGAUUCAGACGAGCUGCUUUUGGAGGAAAAGCUUGCUUUUAUGCACGAAACUCGACAUGCGUUUGGGAGAACAUCUUUGCUUUUAAGCGGUGGUGCUUCCCUUGGCGCGUUUCACGUGGGUGUGGUGAAAACUUUGGUCGAACAUAAACUUAUGCCACGGAUAAUUGCAGGGUCUAGUGUUGGAUCGAUAAUGUGUGCAGUUGUAGCCACCAAAUCCUGGCCGGAACUUCAAAGUUUCUUUGAAGAUUCUUGGCACUCGUUGCAGUUUUUCGAUCAAAUGGGCGGAAUCUUUAACGUUUUCAAGAGGGUUAUGACACAGGGCGCGCUUCAUGAUAUUAGACAUUUGCAGGUUUUGUUAAGAAACUUGACUAAUAAUCUUACGUUCCAAGAAGCUUAUGAUAUGACUGGCCGCGUUCUUGGGAUCACGGUAUGCUCUCCAAGAAAACACGAACCUCCAAGAUGUCUAAACUACUUGACUUCACCUCAUGUCGUUAUUUGGAGCGCAGUGACUGCUUCUUGUGCUUUUCCGGGGCUUUUUGAAGCUCAAGAGCUAAUGGCAAAGGAUAGAGGUGGAGAAAUUGUUCCGUAUCACCCACCGUUCCACUGGGGCCCGGAUGAAGCUAGCGACACUUCAGUCAGGCGGUGGAGGGACGGUAGUUUGGAGAUCGAUUUACCCAUGAUCCAAUUGAAAGAACUCUUUAACGUGAAUCAUUUCAUCGUGAGUCAAGCAAAUCCGCAUAUUGCACCUCUACUCAGGCUGAAAGAAUUCAUCCGAGCUUAUGGUGGCAACUUUGCCGCAAAGCUUGCGCAUCUUGUGGAGAUGGAGGUGAAACACCGAUGCAAUCAGGUGUUGGAACUGGGUUUCCCUCUAGGAGGACUCGCAAAGCUAUUUGCUCAAGAUUGGGAGGGCGAUGUCACGGUUGUGAUGCCUGCAACCUUAGCGCAGUACUCGAAAAUCAUACAGAAUCCGUCUCAUUUGGAGCUUCAGAAGGCGGCUAACCAAGGUCGGAGAUGUACUUGGGAGAAGCUCUCGGCCAUAAAAGCGAAUUGUGGGAUCGAACUUGCUCUCGAUGAGUGUGUCGCGAUUUUGAAUCAUAUGCGCAGACUGAAACGGAGUGCGGAAAGAGCAGCUGCGGCCUCUCACGGUGCAUCGAGCACAGUCCGAUUCAAUGCAUCAAAAAGAAUCCCGUCUUGGAACUGUAUAGCACGAGAGAACUCGACCGGAUCUCUCGAAGAAGACCUUGCGGACGUGGCUUCUUCCCUUCACCACGGUGGCCGGAACUGGCGCCACCACCGCAACGUACACGAUGGAAGUGAUAGCGAGUCCGAGAGUGCCGAGGCGAAUUCAUGGACAAGAUCUGGGGGGCCCUUGAUGAGAACGACUUCGGCUGAUCAAUUCGUUGAAUUCGUUCAAAACUUGGAUACCGACUCCAAAAAGGCGAUUAUGGUGUAUCAGAAUUUGAGGGUGAUACCGCCGGAUAGAAGCUCGGAUCCUGAAACCGAUUCGAGGGAUACAAAUGGCCGAGUUCUUAACAGCAACAGCAGCAGUAGCAUCACGGUGGCUGCCGGUGAUCUUUUGCAGCCGGCGAGGAUUCACAACGGGAUUGUGUUUAAUGUAGUCAGGAAGGGAGACUUAACACCAUCGAACCGGAGCCAUGACUCCGAAAACAACUCACUGUGCGACUCGGUUGCCGAGUGCAUGCAACUCGACUCGCCGGAGAAGGACAUGGAUGCUAGCUCGACCUCUGAAUGCGGGGAAAUCGAGAUUGACAACAAGAAUCGUGGCACCGAGCCCGAGUCGAGUUGUGAACCAAAGGAUCCUCGUAGUCCUGUUCCUGUAGAUGAUGAUGGUGAUGAGAAAAGUUAGUGUAGGUAUGAUGAAGGUGCGAUAACACCUACCCGGCCCGAGUCGAGUUAGCCCGGUCGAGUUGACCAGGCGAGGUGAGUAAGCAAUAAUACCAAUUUGUGGAUUAGCAUUGUAAUUACUUUUGUUUAUUGAUAGAUUUUCAUAUACAAAUAGGUUU